CGACUUUUUCCUGCUUCUGCUUUCGUUCCCGCCUGCUCCGUAGUAGAGCAUCUUCGUGUGGACAGAGACCUAUAAGAAAGAGAAAGAAGUGGCUGGAGAAUGCAGCCCUCCUCAUCUCGAGGACCAAAUGGCCCCCAACCCACUUCCCACGUUAUACAACACGGUCGCUACGAACACAUCGGCGUGCCGUUUCCACUUCCGAUAGCAAAUGUAGAUGUGCAGCUUCCUCUACAGACCCAGAACUUACUGCAGACACUCGCACAUGCGCUCACGAGUUUUCAAGAUCGAACGACGGACAGGCUGGAGAAGCUCGAGAUGAACCUGAACGGAAUGGUAGUCGCCAUCAACGAAAACUCACGCAAGGACACGAUCAAUCUCGCAGAGUAUAUGGAGCGCUCUCAUAAGAUUCAAAUGAAUGCGACACAGCGUCUGCUUGAUCGACUUGAGGCCGUUGAGGGCACUCUUGGCAAUGAUCCAUCUCUCCACGGGGAUGAGACUUUGACUAGCCGAAUGCAACGCAUAGAUUGCGUUGUGCAUGAACUUUUGGAAGGGAUCAGUGACCCAGAUGCCACUCGUAGAGUGACGCCGAUGCACGACGCGGCAGUCAAUACCAGUCCAUCGCUCCUUGCAAAGAACUUGGUCGAUAUCGGUGUCGAUCCAAUCAAGCUCGAUCAUAGGCUGAUCGACGCUGGAGUUGAUGCCCCGAUUCUUACAACUGUGGAUGUUGACAUUGAUGCUACCGCACUUAUCGCCCCUACCGACGCGACGAUGGGUCCAGAAAGCGGACGUUCAAACGUUCAAAUACGCACAUUCGCCGAUGCUGCAAUAUUUGCGUGCAUUCCGGUAGACGAAGAUAACGAGAGCGAGAGUGGAGAUGGUGAUUCGCCUCCGGCUCCUCCGAGUCUCUCGUCGUUCGGCGUGCCAAUGCAUACUCGCUUCCCGACGUCUCCGUACAAGUCCGAUCCCUUAACACCAGCGCAAUGGUCGCCGAAGGAUGCCAGUUUCUCGAGCUCAUCUGAGGGCCUCUCUGGGUCACAAACUUCAUCCAGAGAGCUGUCUUAUGUGGACAACUAUCUUGCUCGUGCGAGCAGUGGUACUACAUCGGCAUCGGAAACCCCUCAAAGAGCUGUCGUCGUUGCUCAAGAAGAAGUACACGAUGGGUUCGCAGCUGCAGAUGAGAACGUGAACAUGACAGUCACCGAAUUAGCGGCGGUGGUCCCCCCCGAUCCCGGGACCCCCAUCGAGACUGGUCCAUUCACGAAUGCCUGCCGUCCGCCCAGCAUACCCCCGUCUGCGCAGAAUCCACUCCCUAGCUUCGAACCGCUCUCUAGAUCCACGACCCCGGGCGCACAGACAGUCUCCUCCCCGACCGUGGUGGACAUGUCACCUACACCGCGCAGCCCAUCGCCCAAGAGCAUUGCGUCGCCCGUCUUCAACGCCUCGUCCAGCCCCGUGCCGCUGGCCCUCCCGCGGAAACGCCCGGCACCUGAUCGUGCUCUUUCCACGUCUCCCAAUGCGCGCCCGCUGCCACCACCAAUAUUUAUUGGGACGAGUGCAUUGCAGACGCAGACGCAGAGGUCGUGGCGGCCGGUGUCGUUCUCGGAGUCGUUGUCGAGCCUGUCCUCUCUCACUGAAUCCUCCCGUGCACCAUCGCCGCCCCCUCUUCCUCCGCCCCCUUUGCCGCGUCGCACCCACGCUGCACUCGCAUCGUCGACGCCGCAGGCAGUUAAGCUCACGUUGAAAAUCAAGCCCUCGCGGAGCCGCAACUCCUCGCCAGAGGUGCAAAUCAUCGAGAAGCCGGCGAGAAUUGAGAGCACGAGCAGGCGCAAGGAUAAAGGAAAGAGAAAGGCCCGGACAAAUGUGGGUAAUGGUGAAGAGAAACAUGACCUCGGCAGGCCGCAGAAGAAGCGCAAGACGGACGGUGCGGGAGCGGCAGCAAAGUCCAAGCGGGGGCCGGGUCGGCCCCGUAAGAUAAAGAGCGAGGCUAUAAUGCACAGUAAGGCUGCGCUUGUUGCUGAGAGUUCGAGUGCAGCCGCGUGGAGAGAUGCUGACGGUGAGAAGUGUGGCUGGCCGGAGAAGAUUGAAGACGAUAUCGCUUAUCAACGACAAUUCGUGCAAUGUGAUAAUUGUGAUGCGUGGUACCACUUCGGUUGUGUCGCUAUGCGUGCCGACGACCCUCGUCUUGCGGCUGAGGAUGAUGGGGAGUUCUUCUGCCCGCCCUGUGAGCUGUUCCCGGAGCAACGCAAUCGGCGCUAUGUGAACGCAGUUGAAGAUGCCUCGUGCCGUCGUCCGGACUGCAACCACCCCGGAGACCCAUCGGAAAACAAAGAGUACUUUAUCGAGCGCAUCAUCGGCCGCCGCCCUGAGAUCGGCGACAAUUCGAGAACAGGUCAUCCUCGCUACCUGUGGCUGGUCAAAUGGGAUGGGUGGCCGGUACAAGAUGCCUCAUGGGCGCAUCCUGUGCAUUUGGGUGAUUGCACGCAUUAUAUUGAAGGUUUCGAGACGGCUGCGGGGGUGGAGGGACAUGAUCUGAGUGAUCCUUGGAAGAAAGUUGUCCUAAACGAGGCUGCUGCUGUGAACUGGUAGGUUUAUGCUUGCUGAAUUUAUAGUUCUGUUCUGUCUUCAAAUGCCGCUACGCUGUACGCUGUCGCAAUUGUUUCUUGAUUCAAAAAACUGCCCUGCGCGCGACAUAUGUCCUAUGUAGAACACGUGUUCGUUAGAAUGUCUUAUGGAGCAUCCUCAAUCCAGUCUCAUACCAGCAUU